AUGACAUCAACAUCCCGUCCCACACCAACAAACCCAGACCCAGCGGACUUUGGUCCCAAUGUGCACAUCUUCGACCCGUCGAUGCCCAUGGCUGACAUCACCUCAACCAUAGUCCCCAUCUUCCAGGGUCAGGACACCAACCAAUUCGGUCCUGAACGCCAUGCCUAUCUCUUCAAGCCGGGAUCAUACAAUCUCAACGUAGAUGUGGGCUACUACAUGACCGUCCACGGACUAGGGCAUUCGCCGAACGAUGUGGCGAUCACAGGUGGCGUACAAUCGUUGGCAACCAGCACCGAAGGCCUGGCACUGAACAGCUUCUGGCGUGGUGUCGAAAAUCUCUCCAUCGUCCCUACGACCAACGGAGAUAUUAGCGGCUGGGCUGUCUCCCAGGCCACCUUCUUGCGCCGCGUGCAUAUUGUUCACGGACAGCUGUUUCUCUUCGACUGGCGUUAUCCGACCAACUAUUCCAGUGGGGGAUUCAUUGCAGACUCGGCUAUUGAUAAUCAAAUCAUUUCCGGCUCCCAGCAGCAAUUUGUAUCGCGCAAUUCGACUCUCACAAAAUGGAUUGGCGGUGUCUGGAACAUGGUUUUCGUCGGCGACGAGCAACCUCCAUCCGGAUCAUGGCCCGAUCAACCUUUCACGGUGAUUGAUAAGACCCCUGUCAUCCGUGAAAAGCCCUAUCUCAUCUUCGAGAACGACUACGCCGUGCAAGUGCCGAAGUUGAAGAAGGACAGCCAGGGGACAAGCUGGUCUACGGUCCAGGACUCGGCCACAACGCUACCCAUCAGCCAAUUCUAUAUUGCCAAAGCGACCUCAGAUACUGCCGACUCGAUCAACGACGCCCUUCACCAAGGCUACCACUUGAUUCUCACACCCGGCGUCUAUCAUCUCUCCAGAAGCCUCGAGGUCAAAUACCCCGACACCGUCAUCUUAGGUCUUGGAAUGGCCACAUUGGUCCCUGACAACGGCACGCCGGCUAUGGUCAUCGAUGACGUCGACGGCGUAUCUAUCAGUGGGAUCAUCUUCGAUGCGGGUCCCACACGAUCUUCCCAGCUUCUGGUCAUAGGGGAUGCGAGCAGUUCAAGUGACCACAGUACAAAUCCCACUGCAUUGUUCGAUCUCUCCUGCCGCGUGGGGGGAGCAGCAGCAGGCUCGACACUGAACUGCGUCACCAUCAACUCCAACAAUGUAAUCCUCGACAACAUCUGGAUCUGGCGCGCAGACCACGGCAACCCUGGGGCGGUUGGUUGGACCGUGAAUUCAGCUGAGAAUGGACUGACGGUUGCGGGUCAGAACGUGGUCGCCUACGGCCUGUUCGUAGAGCACUUUCAAAAGUUCCAGACCAUUUGGAACGGCAACGGUGGCCAGGUUUAUAUGUACCAGUCGGAGAUUCCCUACGACAUCCCCGACCAGAACUCGUGGCAAAAGACCUCGGGCGGCAAAGGCUAUGCGUCGUACAAAGUAGGGGACCAUGUCAGCACCCAUAUCGGGAAGGGCCUCGGGAUCUACUGCAAUUUUGACAACCAGGUCGAGCUCGACAAUGCUAUUGAGACGCCGACGGGAUCCGGCAUCCAGAUGAACCACUUGACAACGCAGUGGCUAAAUGGGAAGCCGUUUAGCGCCAUCAACCACAUCAUCAACGGGACUGGUGAUCGCGUGUACGACAAUGGCCGGAACUUGAAUGCAAAGUCGGCUACAUGA